AUGACUGCUACUAAUCAAGCUCGUGAAGUCUCGGAGAUCAAUGAAACAUUUGAUUUUUCAUACAAAUGUUUCAAAAUGGUCAAGACUCUUCAAAGCGAAAUUGGAAAGGCAAUCAAUGUUGAAAACAAGGUUGGUAAUGGUGAAGAAGGACCUGGAAGUGUUCUUCCCCAUACUCCAUUUGAUUUUGAUCCGUUUACUACUCCCUGCUGUAGCUAUAUGACCCCAAAUUGGGUAGAACCUGGUUCUCAGAACACCAAUGCCAAUGAUAUUAACUAUCGUACUGCAGCUACUGAAAGCUUGUUCCACUUGGAGAAGAAGGUUAAUCAGCUUAAUCUUCCAAGCAUGCGCAAGACCAAGCAGGCUAUUAAUGAGAUGCGCUCUCUUUUGGAGAAAGAAUUUUAA